GUUGUAUGCCCUUGAAAAAUAUAAGGGCUUACGCCGCUUAGCGUCGUCUCUUCUUCCUCUCGCCCCUCUCUUCGCAUCGCCGAGCGAAGAGGGUUUCGACAAGGGCAUCUUUAUUAAUCUCCCUCCUCUUUUUUGCUACCCUUGCGGCGCCGACCGGGUUUAAGUUUGGCACCGUCUCGGAGAGAGAAAAGAAUUUAAGAGAAGGGAUCAAGCGAGGUAUGCAGUCAGAUCCGACGGUCAUCAGCUUGAGGCCUGGAGGCGGAGGAAACCGUGGCAGCAGAGUUGUAGCCCCUCGGUUUGAAUCCUCGAUUUCUGGUGGCAGCGCCUCGCUCAGCCCCUUCGAUCUGCCUGUCCUCCGCCCACAUGGUGGCGUCGUCGCGGCUAUCCCGGUCAAGACUGGAGACCCCUGGCUUGAGAGUCAUGAACACAUCCGCUACACAAAGCAACAACUUAUGCAACUUCGUCAGUUUGCUCAGGCAUUCGAAGACAUCUUGAAAAUCAAACAGGAGGUUGAUGCUGAACUGUUUCCUGAAGAUCAAACUUGGGGCCAUAAUGAUGCCAAUUUGGCAAGCCAAACACAGAAUCGUUAUUUUGAGCAAGAUAGUCGUGAUUGGCGUGGCCGAUCAGUGCAAUCUUCUGCAGCUGCUGAUGAGAGAACUUGGAGCACAAUCAGGGAUAAUAAAGAGUCAAAUAUCUCGAGUUCUGGUUACCAAGACAUAAGACAAUUACAGUUUAGUUCAAACACUCAAGGAUCUCAGGGUAGACCUACUCUUGCCCUAAUCAAGGCUGAAGUGCCCUGGUCUGCGCGAAGAGGAAAUCUCUCUGAAAAAGAGCGUGUGCUGAAAACAGUUAAAGGUAUAUUGAACAAGCUGACACCAGAAAAAUUUGAUCUGCUGAAGGGGCAGUUAAUCGAUGCUGGAAUCACAACUGCUGAUAUUCUAAAGGAUGUCAUAACUCUCAUAUUUGAAAAAGCUGUUUUUGAGCCAACAUUUUGCCCCAUGUAUGCUCGUCUGUGUGCUGAUCUCAAUGAAAAACUUCCUCCAUUCCCUCCUGAAGAAGAGGGAGGGAAAGAGAUCACUUUCAAGCGAAUACUCUUGAAUAACUGUCAGGAGGCAUUUGAAGGUGCUGACAGCCUGAGAGCAGAAGUGCAAAAGCUGAAUGACCCUGACCAAGAAAUGGAGCGCAGAGACAAAGAGAGAAUGGUGAAACUCCGUACUCUUGGUAACAUUCGCCUCAUUGGUGAACUUUUGAAAGAGAAGAUGGUACCAGAAAAAAUAGUUCAUCAUAUUGCUCAGAAGCUGUUGGGACAUGAUGGAAGAACAUGCCCUGCUGAAGAGAAUGUUGAGGCAAUCUGCCAGUUAUUCAAUACAAUAGGGAAGCAGUUGGAUGAGAGUCCCAAAUCCCGUCGUUUUAAUGAUGCCUAUUUCAAUCAUCUGAAGGAGUUAACUAGAAAUCCCCAACUUGCCCCACGGCUAAGAUUUAUGGUUCGUGGUGUGCUUGACCUACGUGCAAACAAUUGGGUCCCUCGACGAGAAGAGGUCAAGGCAAAGACUAUAAGUGAAAUUCAUUCUGAGGCUGAAAAGAACCUUGGACUGCGUCCUGGUGCGACUGCUAGUAUGAGAAAUAAUCGUGAUGCUGGUCCUUUAGGGCCUCCAAGUCCUGGAUUUCCUAUGAAUAGACCUGGAACUGGUGGUAUGAUGCCUGGGAUGCCUGGGACAAGAAAAAUGCCUGGAAUGCCUGGGUUAGAUGGGGACUUGUGGGAAGUUCCACGGAGUAAAUCUAUGUCAAGGGGUGAUGCUAAUCGAAUCAAUAGCACUUCAGUUGCCAAGUCUACAUCUCUCAAUUCUAGGCUCUUACCUCAAGGUAGUGGUAGCUCAAUUGUUGGCAAGACCAGUGCAUUGUUUCAGGGCAAUGGACCACCAACUCGUCCUUCAACCUCUACUCUACCAGGUGCAGUAGAUUCCAUGCCUCAAAUGUUGAGGUCUGUCAACCAAGUGGAACCACCUGUCAUCGCUGAUAAGUCACUGACUGUACUUAAAUUCAAUCCUGAUGAGCUACAGAAGAAGACAGUUGCUCUUCUUGAUGAGUAUUUCCACAUCCGAAUUCUGGAUGAAGCACUUCAAUGCAUAGAGGAGCUAGAGAACUCUGAAUACCACCCCAAGGUAGUGAAGGAAGCUAUCAAUAUGGCUCUGGACAAAGGCCUUUCUUUCCUAGAUCCUCUUUUGAAAUUUUUGGAGUAUUUGUUGGCUAAGGUCUUUACUCCAAGAGAUCUGGGGGAAGGCUGCUUACUCUAUGGGGCAAUGCUGGAUGACAUUGCUAUUGACUUACCAAAAGCACCUACCUAUUUUGGCGAGGUUAUGGGUAGACUCAUUCUGAUUGGCGGUGCUGAUUUUAAGGUAUUGGAGGAAGUUAUGAAAAAUGUGAAAGAUGCUGAUUUCCAAUCUACAAUUUUGACCGCUGCUAUGAGGAUAAUUAAAGCAAGUCCUAAUGGCCAAGCUGUGCUGGAUGCACAAGCAGUACUAGUAAUGGCUUGUGAGCAACUGGUUCAAUGAGUUUAGUAUUAUGGUAAAAUUAUUUAGUCUAUGUUUUGUAAUAGAGUAGUUGUGGGUAUUUCUCCAUUUAUCCUUGCCGUGUUUUAUGGAUUUGUAUUUGAUGAGUCACAUGUAGAACAAUCAUCUUAAAGUAAAUUUGUAUGCAACAAUUAGUUUAUUCAUACUGUUGAGAGAUUA